AUGUCAGGAUACACUUCGGUACCAAUAGAAGAACCCUCAGCUUUCUUACUGCAAUCUCAUGGACAAGGACAUGAUGAAGAGCAACCUCCAGAAGGAGCACCCACUUUCUCAGUCAAACCCCGUUCAUACGACUUCCUCCAAGAUCCCAUAUACAAACCAUGGCUCGUCAUACUCGGACCCAUUGUCAUUGUCAUGUUCAUCUUCGUUCUCGCCCGAAACUUCGGUGGUCAGAGUACGAGCAGAAAAAUCCUUCAUGAGAUACAUGAGCUCAAAGAAGAGAUGGAGGAUAUGGUGAAAGAGAUGAAAAUUUUGAGGAAAUUAGUAGAGAAAGGUCUGUGA